UCCUCCUUCUCCCUCAUUGAAAAUCCAGAAUUAAUGAUCAUGAAAUUAUCAUUCAUUGCAAAUGUUUAAGUGCUGAAGUUUCCACAUCACAACACUGUUACAUACUGGACACUGAUUGGCUUCCGUACCAGUUUUGACAUCAUUAAAUCUGCUUGGAAGUAUGUAAGUUAACUUAAACUCAAAUUUAAGGUGAGCACAGAGAAAUGUUUCCCUCAGCAGAUGUAUGUGAAACAAGUGAAGUCAUAAUAAUCAUAGUAAUUAUGACAAUGCAUUUCUGAGGGGCGAAAACCUUUUUGUGCUGUUGCAGCUUUUACCAGUAAAAGAUCUCAGUACUUUUCCACCUGCCUUUAUAUCAUAUAUUUGGACUCUUCUGUCGCAGCUGAACAUUUAUCACAUUAGCAGAAGAAAAGGAGAACUUUGUUUUGAGAACAAAUAAACAUAUGUCAUCAAAAUGGGUGGAGGUGCAGUGGUUAAGCACUUUUGCUCCACAGCAAGAAGGUUCUAGGUUCGAGCCCUGGCCCAACCCAUGCCUGAGUGGGUUCUCUCUGGGUACUCUGGAUUCCUCCCACAGUCCAUAGACAUGCAGCUUAGGUUGAUUGGCGACUCUAAAUUGCCCGUAGGAGUGACAGACAAUUCAGACAUGUCCGCAACUGCGCAUAUGCAUCAACACAUACCUAUGUAGUGAAGGGAUUUAUGGGUAAGCGUUGAUGAUGGGUGCAGACAGUCUGAUGCGCACACCUCCCAAAUCUCAACUACACUUUGUGUGAAGCUGCAUGUCUUGCACACUGAUUGCUUGAUCUGACUGUGCGCUGACCGAGACAGGAUAAGCAGGACAGAUAAUGGAUGGAUGGAUGUCAUCAAAACAAACAGAACCCGACUGUUGUCAACAGGAUGCUUCAGACCACAAAAACAUAACUUUUAUAAAAUCAGAUUGCUAAUCUUUUGCUGAGAGAAAGAAAAAAUGAAUCGAAUACACCAGAAGCAAUAACAGUUUCAUAUGAAAAGAGCUCAAAGACUCAAAACAGAUUAAUUUUACUCUGUGGUCAGAUGAGUGCAAUAAUUGCUGCAUCAAUGCUGCACUGAUCUCCUGUGGAACAUGUUCUGCGCCACAGAGAGAGAACAACAGUCAGACUCAGCCACAGAGCAGAUUUAGAGUCAAUACCUUGCUCACUGGCACUAAAGCAGGACAGGAAGUGGAGGUGAAUCCCAUUAAGUCUCACAUGGUCUUUUUAACUGUCAGGCCAUUUGGCUGGGGGAGCCCAUAAAAAAGGAACUUCUGAGUGGCUCAGGUCAGACCACAGGCUGGGGAGCAGUGUGGCCAAAACAGACCUUCACUUUCCACACAAUGAAACGGUCCUAAUCAAACUGCUGCAGACCCCUGUGUGUUGGGGCCCUUGUUCGGAGAGUCUAAUGGUGUGCUCGUGUGUCUUUCUUGAAAUCCUCCCAGGUCCCUGCUGUGAUGCGUACCGCAGAAGUAGGCUGGGGGCGCACACACGCUGCAGCGCCACGCACCACGCUCACACUCCCAUCAUUUCCAGUGGAGACUGGCACAGAGACGCAGCGCCACGACCACACCGAUGUGACUGGUACGGACUGCUGAAACUUCUGCGCAGAGACACAAAGGGGCGGAUAGAUCCAUCUAGCUCGUCCCAGAUAGUGGAUUAAAUUCACGCUUCCUUUGCUUUCUUUCCUUUUCCCCCCCCAUUUUCUCCUCCUCCUCCUCCCGUGGUUUCGUGUUACAAAGCCUUGGGAGGGAGUUGCGCGUAGAUCCAGUUCCUCUGUGUAGAAACUGAAUGACAGGAUCAUUUGGCUUGAUUUGCCUUAUAGUCCAAACAUUUCAAAGAAUAGAGGAAACAAGAGGAGAGAAGAUAGGAACCGCUGGUGAAUUCAUCAGAAAUUGAUGAGGACAUGGAAUAAUUUAGAACUCACAUUCAAAAACAAAUCCGAGAUAACGGAGAAAGCAGAGAGAGGAGAGACGCGGAUACUGGAGCUGUCGUCAAAGACAGAGAGGAAAGCACAGGGCGCGUUGCCUGUAAUCAUCACCACCGUCAUCAUAAUAAUAAUAAGCCCAAUGUGACCUUCAUCUGAGUGGAGUGUAUUCAGCAUUCACAAAGAAGCCAGAAGAAAAAACAGCUGAAGGGAGAUUAAGGAGAAAGCAUACAGACACGCAAGGGAGGAGAAGCAAAACAAGCUGCCAGGAGCCCAGCUGCUCUCUCGAAUCCUUCUGAUCCAGUGACUGAUUCCUCAAUCCAUCAUUCAAGGAGUGGGAGCUGACAUGGGAGCCAUGGGUGGGACGAAGGUCUUGCUCCUGGUGUUUCUGUUUGGAUGGGAGAAGUCGCUGGGUCUCAACUGGAACCCAGUCCCACGCAAAACUGUUCGAUACCAGGAUGUGUUGGACAGCAUGGCGAGAUUCAGUGUUCAGGGAGUGUUCAACUACAGCAUGCUGACUCUGUCUGACCACGAAAGGGUUUUGUACAUUGGGGCACGAGAGGCUUUGUUUGCCCUGGACCCAAAUGACAUCAGCAGACAGCUACGGCCACAGAUCGACUGGCCAGCUCCGCAAGAUAAGAAGAGAGAGUGUGUUGCCAAGGGGAAAAACAACCAGACUGAGUGCUUCAAUUACAUCCGUUUCCUGCAAAGCUACAACCACACACACCUCUACACAUGUGGUACCUAUGCUUUCCAGCCCAAAUGCGCCUACGUGAAUGCAGACUAUUUUACUCUCAACACUGCAUCCCUGGAAGAUGGGAAGGGCAAAUGUCCAUAUGACCCUGCCAAGGGGCACACUGGCCUGAUAGUCGAUAAGGAGCUGUACUCUGCAACGCUCAACAACUUCCUGGGUACAGAGCCAGUCAUCCUGAGGAACCUGGGCCAACAGCACUACAGCAUGAAGAGUGAAUACUUGCCUGCCUGGCUGAAUGAGCCAGACUUUGUGGGUUCAGCUCUGGUGAGGGAGAGCAGUGGCAGUAAAGAAGGGGACGACGACAAGAUCUACUUCUUCUUCAGUGAGCGAGCGCUGGAGCUGGACUGUGAUACGGAGCUCACUGUGGCCAGAGUGGCACGCGUCUGCAAGGGCGAUCUGGGUGGUACCAGGACCCUGCAGAAAAAAUGGACAACCUUCCAGAAAGCCCGGCUGGAGUGUUCCCUCCCAGAGCGUCACGUCUCCUUCAACAACCUUAGGGCCAUCUUCACCCUGCCGGGGCAGGACUGGCGUGGGACCACUUUCUAUGGCAUCUUCCAUGCCCAGUGGGGGGAUGUGGAUGUGUCGGCAGUGUGCCAGUACCCGAUUGGUGACGUGAAGAAGGUGUUCGAGGGAUCCUAUAAGGAGUACAGGGAGACAUCCCAGAGGUGGGGACGCUACACCGGUGCUGUCCCUGUCCCACGGCCUGGAUCGUGUAUAACUAACUCAGACAGGGAGAAUGGCUACAACAGCUCUCUGCAGCUGCCUGACGCCACGCUCAACUUUGCCAAGAAGCACCCGCUGAUGGAGGACAAAGCUCUGGCACGCCCCCUGCUGCUCACCAAGGGUGUGAACUUCACAAGGCUGGCGGUGGAUAGGGUUAAUGCCCUGGACCAGCGGGCGUACAACAUGCUCUUCAUUGGCACAGCAGAGGGAUGGCUGCAGAGAGUGGUGAUCCUGGGCUCUGAGACCUACGUGAUAGAGGAGAUUCAGUUGUUUGAGACAGCCCAGCCGGUGGACAGCCUGACCAUCUCUCACUCGAAGAAGUACUUGUACAUCGGCUCUCGUUCUGAGGUUCUCCAGCUGCCCUUGGCCAACUGCAGUCGCUAUCAAUCGCAGCCAGACUGUCUGCUCGCUCGAGACCCCUACUGUGCCUGGGACAGCGAGGGUCGGGCCUGCGUCCGCAUCGACCUCCACCGCGGGUCAACCUCAUCCCUGUCACAGGACCUCAUGCUGGAAAGGUUCAGCCGUGGAAAACCCAAAUUUGAUAAGCCCGUCUCCAUCCCCAGCCCUGAGCACUCCCGUCUGAGGAACGUAACAGUAGUAGUGGGGUCUGACAUGGUGCUGCCUUGCCAGCUGGUCUCCAACCUGGCUCAGCCCUGUUGGGUUCUCAAUGACCGUGAGCUCCAGCUUGGUGAUCCCGAGGCUGGAGGGCCACGUUUCGACAGGACCCUCAAGGCCCUUGUCGUCCCUGACGCUGGCCAGAUGCAAGCAGGUCGCUAUAUCUGCUACUCUGAGGAGCAGGGGGUCAAGUUUCAGACAGAGCGUUACCAGGUGGCCGUGGUAGCCAGCGCUCCAGUCUUCAUGGAGGCCCGGGCUCCAGACAGCAGCAUGGGGCUCUUCUGGGUGCUGGUGAUCACCCUUGGAGCAGCAUGUCUGAUGCUCCUUAUAGCUGCUCUUUACCUGCGCAGGAGGCUGAAGCUGGCACUGGGAAAGGGAGCUGACAUGAAACCUCUCGAGAGCACCCUGGUCUACCCCAUCACCCUGCCCAAGGAGCCACCUACCUUUGUGCCCAGCAAGAUGCCCAGUGAUGAGGAUCGCUUUUGGGAGACAGGUGCCAAUUACUACUACUCAGACGGCUCACUGAAAAUCGUUCCCGGUCACGCCCUGGGGCCCAGCAGCGUCAGCAGCACGGCGUCACCCAGCGCCAUUCCUGGCCAGCCCAUCCACUCCCCUAGCCGGCUCAGUCUCACUAACAUUCGAGGGUCCGGUAGCAACGGCUACAUCCGCCUCAACCUGAGCACAGCAGGGGAGGAGAGGGCUAGUGGGGCUGGCGCUGGGGGCGGUGGGCUGGGAGGCCUUGGCAUGGGCGGGAACGACUACUCCAGUCCCUUCAAGGAAGAGCUGAGACGCACUCUACAGCAGAGGAGCGUGCUGCCUGAUGCCAAUCCCGAGGAGUCAUCCGUCUAGGCCUGUCCUCCUCCGUCUCCAUUUCUGAGUUGGAAAAACAAAACAACCAACCUACCUCCCUCCUUUUGAGGAUGCCUGCUCUCUCUCUUUCAAUGACUCGCUGUCAAUCCACCAUGCUUUCUCUCUCACUCUGCCAAUGCCUGUUUGGCUCACUGACGAUAUUUAUAGCACACAGCAUGUUAAAUAUAUGCUCAUACACUGUGUUCACCAACAUGCACUCCUAUAAUUAUUCUGUUCUGGGCAAGACGCAGUCAUCGUUGUGACUUUUUCUGCUUCCACUGUGCAAUUGCCACUUGUGUAAAUUGUGUAUUUAAAAAGGCUGAAACCAGAGGAGAACGCCUCAAGCAUGAAAAUCAAACAAACGGUGUUACAUGUCUUCUGAAGGGCACAUUUCUUUGACAUUGAAUGGACCAAGUGAGGCUUUUAGCCCCUGUGCUGAAAGCAGUUGACAAAUGGCAAGUGCGCCCGACUGGAAAUAUUGAACUGAUUCUCAAUCACUCUGUUCCUUUGAGACUUUUUCAGCUUACUACACUUAGAAACCGGAAGCACGUCUUCCCUUUUUGUAUUUGUGGGCCCCACAGCGUGAGAGCAGUAUAAAAAGACUAAUUAAUCUCGAAGCUAGACGACAAUCAUGUCCCUGUGGCAAGAGCUCUGUAUGGGACAGAGAGAGAGAGAGAGAGACAAAGCGAGGAAAUAAAAUGAAAAAUGAAGAAACUUAGAGUGAAAGGCGCACGAGGGAUUUUUUUUUUUUAAUGAAGGACAAUCUCUCAAGACAUUCUGUACUCGAAUUUGUAUUUUCACUCAUGUUGUAUUUACCCCCAGCAAAACUCCUCGAAUCCCUGCCACUUUAAUUUGUUGUGAUGGAUGGAUUGGAUUAAGACAUUUUUUGUUGUUCUUUUUCUAUGUCUUACGGACUAUACAGCGAUGUUCAAAUGGUUAUUAGGUGACUAAUGGCUCCCCUCUCCUCACUCAGCCCUGCAUGGUGACCUUCAAACACAGCUUCAAGUCCAAUAUACCACAAGUACACAAGAGUCAUAGUCUGUAACAGAUAAGUGCUUUGGUUAAGCCCUUUUGGAUGUUUGUUCAUCUCCUUGGAAACGAAAAGGCUAUUUGCAUUCAUUUCUUAAAGGAGGAACAGUAAUUGCACAUUUAAUUCCAAAUUGAAGUAGACGUGAAGACAUUAGGCACGGAGAAUGUAGUUGAACUCUUGACUGCUGCGACUGCUGUGGAUGUCUCAAUAAGUGCUUUACAUUUUAUGUGUUUGGUCAGGGUGGUAACUUGCACUGCCAAGAAGUAAAUUACCACCUCACACACAUACAAUCACAGUUCUCUGAACGCCAACCACCCUGGACUACAGUGUGCUUGCAAUGCACCCUUGAACCCCAAGAAACCCUUCUCUUUUACUGAUGUCCAGAGACUGACCCGGGGCUACUGUGGACUUAUACAGAGGAAGAGCACUGUAAAACACACCAACCCAUAAAGAACACACGCACGGUGUUGUAUAGAAGAAGAGACAGACUGAUUGCUGACAGACUACUGGCCUCAGUUGGGAAGCAGCCAUGAACAAGUGAAAGGGUUGGCUUUUAUAUUUUGGGACGUGUCUGUCGGGACGAGAGCACAGCAAGAAAGCAGGGGGAGGACAUAAAUACUUUGUUGUGCCCUGCUGUGUACAGAGCUCUGAGAGAGAUGUAGAAUAUCUCAAUCACAUCACAAGGUUGAAGAGGUACUCAGCCAUCAGCAGUCCAUCCUAAUGUUGCAUGAUCCUCUGCAAGUGGACUGUACAGCUUUGAUAUGAUCGUCCUUGUACAAGUGCAUCAUUUUGAUUGAUCAUUUUUGGACUUUUACAAACUGUGGAACACUAAUGCUUUCUUUGAAAAAAAUAAAUAAAAUAAAAAUAUGUAUAUGGCUCAAGGGUUGUACAGGAAUUCAUGGCUGCAUUUCAACGUGUUUACUUUUUCUGUGCCUCUUCACAUUUUGGAUAAGCCAAAGUAGACUGCAGUUGCUUUUGUUCUUGAUGAAAUACUUUAAUUAAUUUUAUUUGAUUUCAGAUCGAUAUUUAAGUCUCAGCAGUCUGUUCACUUGGCUACACUGAGCUGAUGUCUGCAAUCUCUCUUUGCAUAUUUUAUCUGCACCCUCAAGCAAAGUGCAACAAGUCUUGAACCUGAUGGACUUCCUGUUUGCUUCCUGUUUACAUGUCAGUAGUGAUAUGCUGGACCCAAUUCUUUAUGCCUUCGCUUUAUCAAAGUCUGAACAGUGUACCAAAACUUUAAUCAUUAUUUAAUUUGUUAGCCCCUGAUAAACCAAAUAAGUUCCUCUUGAUCAGUUCAAGAAUGUGACCUCUUUAUAGUGUUACAUAACUCAAAGCAGAAAGCUAAAACACAUUCGCUCAUUACACUGGUACUUGGUUAUGUCUUAAUAUGAUUCUUUUUCACAAUUAGGCUUUUCUAUUAAUGUGACAUGUUGCAAAAAUGAAAAUGAUAAAGGAAUACAGGCCUCAAAAUGCAUGUGUAUUGUACUUAAUGUGCAUCGCUUUAGUUUUUGCGCAGUUGUUUGCUUAUAAUACAGUAUGUUCUCUCUCUUUAAGUUCUGCAGUUUUUUCACAUUAUUGUUUGCAUUAUUCUAUUUUCAUCCUGUUUAUAUUUCACCCCAAUUUUGUUUUGUCUGUUAUUGAACUUUUAUGUUUGUUUUAAAAUUUGUUAAGUAACUUAUU